AAACAUUUCCUGUUACUGCACGCAGCAGUCCCACUUUCCAGUCUCACAAAUCUACUCCAAUCCUGAGCAGCUGGUUGGAGGGGUAGGGGUAGGGGGGUGAGGGAGUUGGGGUUUUGUUUGUUUCAUUGGGUUUUUUUGAAACAAACCACUAACCUUAAGACACACAUGGAUCGAAUCAUGUGGGCUGUCAGGAAAAAAAGCUACCAGUAAAUAAAAUUGUAGCGUUUUAGUAAUAGGUCACUAAACCUGCAUAGGUUGCAAAGUAUUAGUUACUCACUACAGGCUUAGUGCUAGAAAUCCUGAUUCCUUUUGUCAUUCAUUUUUGAGAAAUGAAUAAAUUUAGGCAAAUCAGGAGCAGGGUAAAUCUGGAGAAAUUACAAAGGGGAGGAGUUCACCUUCCUGGUUAUGGCUUUCAGGUCUGUCCAGGACUACUUACUCUGGUAUAAAACUGAGAGCAGAAAUAUGAUCACAUACUAAGAAGUCUAAUCAAUUCUGGUUUCAACACUGAGCCUAUUUAAAAUAGAUAAUGGAAUUGCUGUUCCUUGCUCUCUUCUCCCUGCACAUUGUCAAGACAGAGGCAGUAGUUGGAGGCCAUUGGUGCUAUCAGUCACAGAAGUGUGAACAGCCACAGUGUGAAGAUCCUCGACAAUGGCAUCUAAUAGACAGCACCUGCAAAGGAAACAAACAGUCACCUAUCAAUAUUGUCACCAGAAAUGUAAUUUAUGACAAGAACCUUAAGCCACUGAAUUUUGAAGGAUACAAUGUGAAGGGGUCUUCAAAAUGGAACAUAGGAAAUAACGGACAUACAGUUAAAGUAACAUUAAGCACAUUCCCUAAAAUUGGAGGCGGAGGUCUGGGAAGCAAAUACAAGGCAAUAGAAUUUCAUUUGCACUGGGGAGUCCCAGGUGGGCAGCAGCAAUACCUUCCCGGGUCAGAGCACAGCAUUGAUGGAGAGAAACAAGCCAUGGAGCUUCAUGUUGUCCACAUAAGAGAAGAUGUUUCAGAUAUAACAGAAGCAAAGAAAAAUGCAGAUGGUGUGGCUGUGUUAGCAUUCUUUAUAAAGGUAGAAGAAGAAAAUAAAAACUAUGCAACUCUAAUAAAUGAGCUAGAGAAUAUAAAAUACAAAGGACAAACAGCACAGAUGGAACCUUUGCCACUGAGCUCUCUUCUCCCACCUGAGGAAGACCUUGGAAGGUACUACCGGUACGAGGGCUCCCUCACCACUCCUGACUGCCAUGAGGGUGUCAUCUGGACAGUAUUUGAGAAGCCAGUUGAACUCAGUAUUUCUCAGAUUUCUCAGUUUUCAACAGUCCACUUUGAUGGGAAGAACUCAACUUACAUGGCUGAAAAUUUCCGGCCUGUUCAGCUUCUGAACGAACGAAAGGUGUACUGGUCCAGUGCCAGCGUCCUCGUGCCUACUGCUAAGGUUUUAGUGUUGGUCCUGAUGCUUACGUACAUCCUGAGUUCUCUUUGCCAAUGAACGCUUUGCACCUCAUUCAGGGUUCUGGGCUUUUUGGAGGUGGUUGUUUUUAUUGCUGUUGUUGGUUCUUUGUAUCAAGUAAUCUCUCUAACUACCAACUCAUGAAUCAUAUCUCAAUACAGAAUUUAACCUUGCCCUCCUCCAGACACUAACCGAGGACUUCUGUUGCUGCUCUUAUAUAAAAUGAAACCCAUUGCACUAAAUCACAAGAAUUUAAAGGAACUGUAAGAUAAAGCUUUGAAGAUUCAGAUUUUAAAAAGCCCAAAACACUUAAAACAUCGGGAUGGAUUAUUUGCAAGCCUGUAGUUUGAACACAACACUGGAAGGACACUUUACAAGCAAUACAGGCGAUCUUCAAGAGGAAUCUGUUCUUAAGUGCCUAUGAAGGGUUUUGUUUGGAGUAUGUUUACAUUCAACACUGCAUAUCAGGAAGACAGUAACAUGUGGAGUAAUUCUUAUAAUCCCUAUCUUGUCCUACAUGAAGGUACAAUACAGAGCAAAGAAAAAAUGCUCACACACAGUUCAGCAACAUCUGGGUCAUCCAUAGUGAAGGACAUGUGACAAAUUUAAUCUGUACUAAUGCAAUUUCCCCCCUUCUUCCUUCAGAACAUCUAAAGUUAAUUUUUAGAUAAGGAUACUGGAUUCUUUUCACCUAAUCUACUGAUUCUGGAUUUCAGGUGUCUCUAUUAAGCCUAUUUAUUCAGCCUAGUACAGCAUCCUUCUCUAGCAUUCUCUGCCAAUAUGAUGUGCUAGAAAGAAAAAGAGAAGGUCAGCCACAGGUACCAGUUGCACAUCUGUGGAAAUUCUCUCUCUUUGGAGGGUUGCAUUUGAAGCAUAAGACUUAAAUGAUCCUUUUCAGUUUUUGUUUGCCUAAUAAAAUGGGAUAGCUCAAAGAACAGCUCUUUCCAGAAUCAUGAUUUCUGUUUCUAAAUGUCAGUUUGAACGCCCUCCCCCCCUUUUUUUUCUUUUCAUGAAAACAUGCCUGCAAUAUUUGCAUAUGGUUAAGAUUCAUAGCUUUUUUCCAAGAAGAUUGUGAUUUGAACUGAUUUCUUCAGAUCUUAUUCAAUUACUUACAGAAAACCUCAAUAUAUUGGAAAAUAGUGUUUCCUUGAUUUAUUCCAGUUCUCUCUCUGAAGACAGACACAAGUUUUGUUUGGCUAAUGCCAUAUAACAUGUUAGAUCUCCUUUUAAAAUUUUAGAUUUUGGCCACACCAAAAUAGGAUGUCAUAGUAUCUGACUUGUGGUUUUCUCUUUAGGCCAAUGUUUGCAGAGAUGACUUUAUACUACAGCUAUACGGCCAUUUCCAGGAAAACCAUAGCAGUGAGACUAACCACAGCUCAUCAACAGAGAAAAAGCAGGGGGAAAAAUAUUUUCAUAUUUAACAAUCAAUAACAUAAGCUUAAAAAAUUACACAUGGAAAAGCGAAUUCACCUUUUUAAGUUUAGAGAAAUGAUUAAGACUUUGACUGUAUUUUUAGCUAACAAAAAACUUUUGAGAAGCAAACAAAAACAAAGGAUUAAAGUUGAACAGAGACCCAUAUUUUUGCUGCCUUGAGUUUUUUUCUUUUGUCCUUGCUAAAGGGGAAUCCACACAACACUCAUUCAGAAAAGGAAUGUGACAUUUCCCCCU